AUGGGCUGCUGUAACAGAAGGUGCGGGCUGAUAGCCGGAGCUGUGUUCGGGGCGGUGGUUGCCAUCCUGGGAGGCAUCCUUAUCCCGCUGGGAAAUAGCGUCAUUGAGGGAACAGUGAAAAAGGAAGCUGUCAUAGAGCCUGGAACGACAGCUUAUGACAACUGGGUGUCUACAGGGGGAAUAGUGUACAGGCAGUUCUGGAUUUUUGAUGUCCAAAACGCCCAGGAGGUUAUACAGAAUGGAGCAAGUCCAAUGGUUGUGGAAAAAGGACCUUACACAUACAGGACGAGAUAUCUUGCCAAGGAGAACAUCACAUUCCAUCCAAAUCAAACUGCCUCCUUCCUGCUGCCUCUGGGCGCCAUCUUCGAGCCAUCCAUGUCAGUGGGAUCAGAUGAAGACAAAGUCACCACCCUCAACCUGGCUGUGGCUUACAACGGUACGUAUGAUGGCUACUACAAUGUCUACACUGGAAAGGAGGACAUCUCAAAAGUGGGAAAAAUUGACAUGUGGCAAGGACAUAAGAGCUUACCUUUCUGGAACGACACGUACUGUGACAUGAUCAACGGGACAGAUGCUUCAUCAUUCGCUCCCUUUGUGGACAAGAAGAAGCCUCUCUAUUUCUUCACAUCAGACAUCUGCAGGUCUGUGUCAGCUAGCUUUGAGGAGAGCAUGGAUCUAAAAGGGAUUGAAGUGUACCGCUACACCCUCCAGCUAAACACCCUGGCCUCCCCUACGGAAAACCCAGACAACCGAUGUUUCUGCAAAAACUUUAAGACCACCAGGAAUUGCACCUUGGCUGGAGUACUGGACGUCAGCGCCUGUAAAGGCGGUCAACCUGUCUUCAUCUCCCUGCCCCACUUCCUCCAUGGCAGUCCGUACCUAAGAGAGGAUGUGCAAGGCCUCAAUCCCAGCAAGGAGCACCAUGACACCUUUCUGGAUGUGGAACCUACAACUGGGUUCACCUUGAGGUUUGCCAAGAGAAUUCAAGCAAAUAUGCUUUAUGGACCAUCAAAGGUCAUCACGGUGCUUAAGAAAGUCAAGGAUUAUACCAUAUUCCCUAUUGUUUGGCUGAAUGAGACGGCUGCGUUGGAUGACGAAACAGCAGACAUGUUUAAGAAGGAACUCCUCUCCCGUAUCGAGAUGUUGGAUAUAAUACAGAAGACGCUUCUUGGCACAGGUGUGUGCAUUUUCAUCCUGUGUCUCAUCUCCUACUGCGUGGUGAGGAGAAGCGAUAACCGAAGCAAGCUUGGGUAAAAGAAUCACGCGGGAAGUGUCUGUCGAGUGGGAGUUGCAGAGCACAGUGCAUUUAGGCUGCUACGGGACAUCAACCCU